CGAAAGGAACACCCGGAAAGGGGACUGACUCUUAGGGGAGGCGUGGAUGUGGACACCCACUGGCUCUCUGCACUCUGCACACGCACAAGUUGAUUCCGCGACAACGCCCCCGCCGGUUCCGGUUCCUCAACCCCCACUCUUCUCACUCUUGCAUAACGCCAAAAGCAGCGGGCGAAAAAAAGACGCUGCGAGAUGUCCCCAAUAACGCAGCUCCUGGCAGCAGCCACCCUCGCCCUCGCCUCCCUCACACCCACCCUCGCCGCCGCAACUUACAACUUUGACAUCAACUACCUCAACGACGUCAACCCCGACGGCCUCUACCCGCGCAGAGUCAUCACAGUCAACAACAAGUGGCCUCCACCGCUCGUUCUCGCCAAAGUGAAUGAGACUCUGAGCAUUAAUGUCAAGAAUUCGUUGCCUGUUCCGACGUCUCUCCAUUCCCAUGGAUUGUUUUUCAACAAGACGAAUUGGUUGGAUGGGGCACCCGGCGUCACGCAGUGUGGCAUUCCAACGGGGAGCGAGUUCAAGUAUGAGUAUACGCCUGCUCAGCAUGGGACGUUCUGGUACCAUGCUCAUAAUAGAGGGCAGUAUGUCGAUGGUUUUAGAGGCCCCCUGAUCAUCCAAGCCGCGCAAGAAGCGUACAAAUACGACCACGAGUACGUCGUCAUCCUCCACGACUGGUACCACAAAGAGUACGAAGAAAUCUACGUCGACUACGGCGGUGUGCGCAACCCCACCGGGGUCGAACCCCCACCGGACAACACCAUCAUCCUCGUCCACAAUCUCUCCGACUACGUCGACAAGAUCUCCUUCCUCCCGGGCAAAACCUACCGUCUCCGCUUCAUCAACAUGUCGGGCUUUGCCAUGUUCCACGUCUCCCUAGGCGGACACUCCAUGGACGUGAUCGAGGUCGACGGCGUCGACACGGAGCGCAAGACCACGAACGGGUUCUGGGUCUCUGUCGCUUCCCGCUGGUCCGUAUUGGUCGACACCAAGAACGCCACGGACGCGAACUACAACAUGAACGUGAUCGUCGACAACUCCAUGUUUGUCAUUGAGCCCCCAUCGCUGAAACUCAACGUCACCCACCCGAUCGAGUACUCCCCCACCGCCACCCUGAACGAGACCGUCCAACCCUACGAGGAGCUCAACGAGAUGGAACUCUCCCCCCUCGUCCCCCUCGCCGCACCGGAACCCGACCAGGAACUCACGCUGGAGAUCACCCUGGCCACCCUGGCCGACGGCGGGAACCAUGGAUUGUUCAAUGGGAUGACCUACACGCACCAGAAGGUGCCCACGAUCUUGACGGCCAUGACCACCGGCGCGAACGCGACGAACCCCACGGUGUAUGGCGAGACGAACAGUUAUUUGUUUGAGCGGAAUAAGAUGGUGCAGGUCGUCAUCAACAACAACGAUGGUGGGAGCCACCCGUUCCAUUUACACGGGCAUAAUUUCGCCAUCGUCUACCGCUCCGCCCAAGACGCCGGCGUCUACGACCCCAUCACGACCCCUCUGACCUCGAUCCCCGCCAACCCGGUUCGCCGCGACAUCAUCCAAGUCCCCAAGUUUGGCCACGCAAUCAUCCGCUUCCGCGCCGACAACCCGGGCGUGUGGCUCUUCCACUGCCACAUCCAAUGGCACAUGGACUCGGGCCUCGCCGCCACAUUCGUCGUGGCGCCCGACGCCAUGCAGGCCGAGCAGAACAUCCCGCAGUUUGUCACCGACCAGUGCAAGACCCUCGGCUUGGGCGUCGAGGGCAACGCCGCGGGGAAGAUGGGCGAGAGCGUGGGGGAUCUGACCGGCGCGAAUGUGGGCCCCGGGAAUAUCGAUAUGGGCUGGACGGCCAAGGGCAAGGGCGCGCUGGCCGGGUGCGUGAUUGCCGCGCUGGUGGGGUUGGGGACCGUUGUGUGGUUUGCGAGGGAGUAAGGCGGUGACCGAUGGGGUGGUUUUUUUUUUUUGUCGUACCGACCGACAACUAGGCGUAGAGGGCAAACGCACGGCAGGCUUCGUUCGUCGGCCCCUCUCUUGACGCGGACAUGUGUCUGUUAGCCCCACCUCCUCUUUUCUUUUUAUUUAUGCAAAACUCCGGACCUAACGCAUGUAUAUACUACAGUUACAUUACACUCCCUGCUUCUCUUGAUCGGAUGGAUCGAGAGUUUUACCUCCAAGCUCCCCGCGUGUGUUUUGCUUCUUGGAUUUUACAGGAAUCCCUCGGUAUGCAAAUGACUCGUUCGAAUGUAGCUACAUUAAGGACGUCUACGGUACAUG